CUCGGGACGAUUCAAGACGGCCGGCCGUCGUGCUGAGCGAGGCCCGCUGGCGUGCCGUGCGGUCUGCGUGUGCUCUGCUCUGCAUCCUGCCACUGCUGCUGUGCCAUAGUAAUACGGACCUGUGCUGCGCCGCUGCCCCAUGUCUGCUCGCCCGGGCUCUACCCCAGCAUCUCGCUCGCCGCCGGUCCUCGCCCGCACCUCCGCCUGCACGCCUCUGCCCGCCCCCCCGCGCGCCCGCCGCCGCGAGCUGCCACGAUGAGCUCGUUCUUCGGCCGCCUCAAGUCGGGCGCUGCCCCGGCCAGUCCCGCCGCUGGCCACCCGGUCGCGAAGAAGGACCCCAACGCGCCCGAGCCGACGCCGCUGGAGAAGCUGCUGGCCAACGCCGGGCCUCUGCGCGGCGACGGCAGCGACAAGUUCUUCGGCUUCGAGAAUUUUGGAAGCACCUGCUACUGCAAUUCCGUCGUGCAGUGCCUGUACUACUCGGUGCCCUUCCGCGAGCAGGUCAUCAACUUCCCCGCCCGCUCCGCCCCCGAGACGCUCGAGCGCCCGCAGUCGCUGCCGCGCAUCAACACCAACCUGCAGAAUGGCCAGUCCGCCCUCUCGCCCGCCGGCCGCAACUCGCUGUCGAGUCCCACCUCCAAGGCCCCGCCGCUGCCCGGCCAGCCGCCCAAGCCCGAGGACAACAAGGACUCGCCCGAGUACAAGAAGAAGCAGGCCCUGGCCGCCGGCCCCGUGCUGACCAUGGACUACGAGAACGCCAAGGCCUACGGCAUGUCCGAGUCGCUCUUCACCUCGCUCAAGGACAUCUUCGAGGCCGUCAUCGCGAACAGCUCGCGCAUGGGCGUCGUCAGCCCCCACAAGUUCCUCGAGAUCCUGCGCCGCGACAACGAGAUGUUCCGCACCCCCAUGCACCAGGACGCCCACGAGUUCCUGAACCUGCUGCUGAACGAGGUCGUCGAGAACGUCGAGCAGUUCUCCAAGUCACGCAUCGCAGAGGUCGGCGAGACCGAGCAGAACGGCGUCGUCGCCCCUGCGCUGAACAACAACAACAAUAUCAACACCGGUUGGGUGCACGAGCUCUUCGAGGGCACGCUGACAUCCGAGACACGGUGCUUGACAUGCGAGAACACCUCGCAGCGAGACGAGGCCUUCCUGGACUUGUCGGUCGAUCUCGAGCAGCACUCGUCCGUCACCAGCUGCUUACGAAAGUUUUCCGAGGAAGAGAUGCUGUGCGAGCGCAACAAGUUCCACUGCGACAACUGCGGAGGCCUGCAGGAAGCAGAGAAGAGGAUGAAGAUCAAACGGUUACCGAAGAUCUUAGCGCUGCACCUGAAGCGUUUCAAGUAUACAGAGGAUCUGCAACGGCUACAGAAGCUGUUCCACCGCGUCGUAUACCCGUACUAUCUCCGCCUGUUCAACACGACAGACGAUGCGGAAGAUCCCGACCGGCUGUACGAGCUGUAUGCUAUCGUCGUCCACAUCGGCGGCGGUCCGUACCACGGCCAUUAUGUUUCCAUCAUCAAGACCCAGGACCGCGGCUGGCUUCUGUUUGACGAUGAGAUGGUCGAGCCUGUCGACAAAGCCUAUGUGCGCAACUUCUUUGGCGGAGAAAACGUCCUUGCGUGCGCAUAUGUUCUCUUCUACCAGGAGACAACCGAGGAGGCUAUGAUGAAAGAGCAAGAAGCAGAUGCACGCGAAGCCGCCGCGAAGCAGGCAUCAGAACUCAACCCAGAGGCUGUCACUGUUGCUACAUCACCAAAAACUAACGGUUUCCCAAAUGGCGCCGGCCACGCCCAACGACUAUCGACAGCACAGACGCCAACGAUAGAAGAAGAGGACCAGUUCGCAAGCCUCAACCACGCCGCCACAGCACCUGCCCUCAACUCGACCGAGCACGCCCACCCCGUCGAACACGUCAGCACCAACAUCCCCGUCCUUGCCGCGAAGAAGAGCAACGCCGGCCUCGGCCUCUUUGGCAAGAAAUCCAAAGCCGAAAAAGAGGAACGCAAAGCCGCCGAAAAGGAACUCGAAGCCCAGGCCAAGCAGAAACGCAAGGAAAUGGAACAGCAGCGCCGCAACAACUACAAGCGCCAGGAAGACGAACUCCAGGCCGCCCUCGCCGCCUCCAAAGAAACCGCUGCCGAGGAGAGCAGGAAACGCAGCCCCGACGACACCCCUGCGACCCCCGGCACGCCUACGGUCCCCAACGGCGGCGGCGCGCUCGGCAAGGCCUCGGGCCUGAGUCGCUUCAGACACUCCAGCAUGAGUCUCAAAGGCAAGCCGAAGUUCUGGGGCGGCAAGGAUAAGGGCGAGGCGAACGGGGAGGAUUCGGCGGGCGGCGGCGACGAGCCCAAGGGCCAUGGCUUGGGGCGGAAGAAGAGCGUGUUCAAGUUUUAGGUGUUGUGUUCGUUGUCGUGGAGCAUGGAACGGAGCAUGGAGCGGAGCAUGGAGUCGAGCAUGGAGCGGAGCAUGGAGCAUGUAGCAUGGCUGUUGGAGCAUGGCUGUUGGAGCACCGCUGUUGCAGCACAGUCUCGCGUCGCGUUCUCUGCAUGCAUGCGUCGACACACAGACGCGAAACCACAACAGAAAGAAACGCGAGAGAGACAGAGACAGACAGAGAGAGUUGUAUCAGUGGGCAUUUUGUACAUUCACGGCGCCCGUGCAUACCGCACCCGAAGCGCCCACGCCGCCGGGGCGCCAUCGCCGUUGCGUUGCGUUGCGUUGCGUUGCGUUGCG